UUUUUGAGACAAAAUGUCAAGCUCUGUUUCAAAUUCGAGCGAUGAAUCCGAGAUUAACUAUCUUUUAUCGUGUAACUCGGAAAACGCAGAAAGCAGCGGCGUGCACCCAAUCAAGUCAGCAGAGGAAAAUCCAAAGUCCUCAUCGAAAACCGAAUUGGGGAGCAGCGACGUCGAUGUCGCCCUCCCAGAUUCGUCCAGAAGGAGCUCCGCUGUCGCGUUUUUAAAUUACAUGCGGGAAUGCAAGCGCCGGUUUGGAUCCAAGCACCUUGGGCAGGGGUUUGCAAAUGCCGCGACGAAACGUUGGAGGGCGAUGUCCCCAGAGCACCGAGCCCGGUACCGACGGUCCGAAUAUCGAUCUGCCAGAUCCAUAAAGCCAAGCAAGAGCAGCCUGCUUUGCAGUGAAGAGGAGACUUUAGACAGCACGGGAGCUCUUUCAGUGGUUCCUUCGGGUUUCUCCCUGGACAAGGACUGUGACAUGAAACGCAAAAGAAAGCGCAGCUGCGGCAAGUCUAAGCGAAAGAAGUCGGCUUGUGGCAAGCGCAGACGCAGGAAGUCCGCUUGCAAGAAACGCAAGAGCCGCAAGUCUAAGAAAAGCUGCUCGAAGCCACGCCGCCGCAAGUCCCGCAAGGCGAAGUGCAAGAAGGGUGGGGAUCCCCACUAAGGUGGUAUUGGACCAGAGAGAAAUUACUGUAAAUUCGCACAACGGGCGGGGAAACCUCCAACCUGUCUCGAUUUGGACCUGAAGAAGCGGCACCAGGGACAAAGUCGCGAGCGAUGAUCCGCGAUUCUCAACCUCUGUCGCUGCCCAGCCAAGAAAAGGAACUUCAAAGCUUGGAAGGCCCCAACCCAACUAUUCGUGACACAUCGACCUCUUACCACCCACCAAUAAAUGUAUGUUUUCUUUAAAUAACCUAA